AUGAACGUCGCAUCAGGGGGUGUGGGCUUGGUCCCCACCCCCACGCCGUCUAAGCGGAAGGCCUCUGACGACUCUUCUAGUGAGUAUGAGAAAAGCUCCAAAAGAGCAGUAGCUUUUAUACAUACCACUAGAGGCCUCUUUAAGGAGCACCACGCGAUAUAUGAAGAUCUUACGAGAAAGGAAUACCCAGUGCUCAUCCACUCUGCACAAAACACAAACAAAUCAAAGAUCAGUAUGAAUUUAUUGGAAGUUAAUAAAAUUCUAAAAGAUGUGCAAGGUGUACAAUAUGUCAAGCCGACAGGUAACUAUUACAUAAAGGUUUUCUUCGCAUGUUUAAAGGACGCAAACUCAUUUCUACUGAGUAGGGACUUGAUGGAGAAGAACGGCUGGAUUGCCAAGAUUCCCUUCGACACCAUUGAAGCCCAGGGAAUAAUCCGAGCUCCUGUCGAAUUAUCUGAGGAGGAGAUGCUCGAACAGUUGACUGCUUCCUGCAACAUAAUUGGUGUUAAGAGAUUUACCAAAAAGCAAAAUGAUGGAACUUCUAUACCCCUGCCUACUGUUCUCAUAACUUUUUUGUCCACCACACGCCCCGACCACGUCAUUUAUGACCGUAUUUGGUUCACAGUAUCAGAAUACAUCAAGCCACUACUACAAUGCUUUAAGUGUUAUAAGUUUGGUCAUGGCAGUGGUGCUUGCAAAGGAGAUCAGAUAUGCUAUAUAUGUGCCGGAGAUCAUUUUUUCAAAGACUGCGACAACCCCACAUCUCUCAAAUGCUCAAAUUGCUUUGGCCCACAUACAGCUGUGUCUUACUCAUGUCCCAUCAAGUCUGCGAAAAACAAAGAGAUUAAAGACAAAAUCAGUGGUAAAUAUACUUACGCAUCAGCUGCAAGAAAAGUUCCUAUUGCCAGCCCCGACCCUGUUGUACGUAAUCAAUUGGUAAGCAGCAGCAGCAGCAAGUUUUCAUCUUCAGACCAUCCUGUGCUUCCCUCAGUAUCAGCUAGGACUCCGAGGGGUCGCAUGCUGGUUGCAGAGCUCAUCAACUCUGAAGGUGUGCUCCAUUCCAUAACUAAAACAGUAAUAGACAUUAUCAAAUCGAAAGAAUCUAAAAGCUCUACUACUCCCAUAUCUACUCAGUUAAUUAAAGAAUUGCUCAUUUCCAACUUUUCUGCUUAA